AUGGCGCAUUAUCGCAUGUGUGUCCAAAUCCGAGAGCAGACAGCAGCCUUCAUACGGGGCUUUAAGACUAUCGUGCGUCCUGAUUGGCUACAGAUGUUUUCCGGUCCUGAGCUUCAGAGGCUCAUUUCCGGUGACAGUGUUGCCUUGGAUCUCAGUGAUCUCCGGUAGAAUUGGCUGAGUAUGCUGCAGUUAAAGGAGCUGUGUUACAGCUGUCUGGUUCAGCUUGUUAAUGUUGCCAGUUACGCUUUCUUAUAUGUUCUAAAACUUAACCUUUGCGAAGAAAUAACGUGUAAAUGAUAAAAUCACAGCUUCUUGUCCAACAAAUAUCCUCCUAGGCAUUAUAUGGAACGUUACAAACAACGAAAAUGAACUUUGAAAAUUUAUAAGGCUAACAAAUUUUCAAAAACCCACAACCGCAAUCCAUUUUAAUCUUUUCUAAGUUUGUCCAUCCCUGCCUUCUUAUGUACUCACUGUGUUAUUAAUACCUUUUUUUAAUGUAUUGUUUGGUCAUUUUUAUGUUUCACUCAAUUUGAUGGCAGUUCCUGCUGUUAGAAUUUUGAUAAAUUUUGCGACACAGCUCCUUUAAUGAUGCAUUAGAUAUAGUUUGUUAUUGUUAUUAUCAUUGUCUUUUCUGGCGUUUGAAAGAGGGACGGGAGCAUGGUCAGUAUGUUAAAGAUUGCAAGUAUCGCUCCGACCAAUGGCUGGAUUUUUCUCUCAGUGAUCUCAGGGCUGGACUAUGCUUGUAAAUACUUACAUGUAACUGGUUUGUCUCCUGUCAAUUGGCUUUUAUUCACGUUAUGUUUGGUAUGGAUUAUCUGUUUGCGAUUUUUCAUGUGAACUGUCUGUGACCUCCUUGACGGUAGAUCUGCUAAACUGAUACACUUCAGAUGUAAACUAGGCCUCUUACCGUGUUACAAGGCAGGCCUGUGCACGGAAAUAAGUCCGUUACAGGCCAUGCCACAGUUGUUCGCAAGGUGGAUAAAGCUAUCCGCUGGAUAGUUCAAUUGGUUUCCCGACUAUAGUUCAUGAUCCGGUGGAUAGCGCCGCUAUCCAACGUUUGAACAACCGUGGCCACAUUAUUACCCUUAAACAUCAUGACCUCCUUGAAAGACAUUAUUUGUUCGUCUUCCUUCUGUUUACGGGGGCUUGAGCAAAGGCGUUUUUGAGCGACGUACGUCAAGCGGAAGUGGGGCAUUUUACCUUUUAACAUGCUUUGACGCUGCCAAAUUUGAAUUGCUUAGUGUUUUUUCUGUUAUAAAGACUAUUUGCCUAAUGGACUAACUUACUGCCCAAUAAUUCCAAAAAGCCACUUUCAGUUGACGUGCGUUGGCUAAAAACCCCUUUGCUUAAUUUCCCUAAUAUCACUCUUUUUGGAGAUUUUUUUAAAUUCGAUCACUCGGUUGUGUACCUUUUUUUCCUUUUCUAAACAUCACAGGCGACACACACGAUAUUACGGCGGCUACCAUAGCAACCACAGAGUAGUCAACUGGUUGUGGGAUGUUCUAGAAAAGGAGUUUAAUGAAGAGGAGAAAUCCAGAUUCCUGAAGGUAUUUUAAACAAAAAGACAAACAGUUUUUUUAAUAUUGAAAAAUAUCGAAAUACCGCAAAAUAUUUGUGCGAUAAAAAAUAUUUCAAUUUUAUAGCAACAUCUUCUUCGCCCUUGAAGAUGUCCAACUGCUAACUUCAGAGGACUGGAAAGACAGAAUCAUAAAGAAACGAAAUGGCCACACUCCUCGUGAUGACGUUACGGGCAUAACUUCGAAAUACUUCUUUUUGCCCAAAAUCUUUUGCUCUGGGUUGUAUUUUUGUUGUUUAUCACGUUUCUGAAGUAGGAAGUUGGUAUUUUAAGCAGACCAUUUAACUUGAUCAACCAUUCAACGCCAUUCGGUUUGAGGCCAUUUUGACGUCUUCCCUGCAUGAUCAUCUUUUUCUUUUUUCUUCUUGCAGUUUGUUACAAGUUGUUCUAAACCUCCUCUGCUCGGCUUUGCUCAUCUUGAGCCACCAUUCUCAAUUCGCUGCGUAGAGUGUAAUGAUGACGAGGUAAGAAAAGAACUGUUUACCUAAAACUACCCUUCAUGUUACUCAAUAUGCAGGUUUUCUGCGUCUCUUUGUUUGUUUAAUGUAAGUAAAUGAAAGGUGAUGCAUCUUAGACUUCAUCCAUGCGAAUCUGGAUAUUUUCGAAUCCGCUUUUUCUUUUUUUACACAAUCGACUUUCCGUCCAUACGAAAGCAAUGAAUCCGCUCACCGAAACAGCAUCGUUUUGGAGCCGCUCUCCAGCGGCUUAUAAACCCCUUCCACACGUAUCCGGAUUUUGAGUUAUCACACAAUAAUCCAGUAAACAGGAUUGUAAAAGUAACUCAUGCACACAAUUUGCACGUGAAGAUGUUGAACUUUGCCCUUUUACAAAUUGAAUGUGAAAGAAUGCAAAUUGUUUACGAGAUUAAUUUGCUCAAACGAUUUUAACAAAUCACCUCCUUUUCUAACAUCUGCAAUAAAAUUAUGCAUCAUUCGAUGUUGACAUUGAUACCCUAACAUCAUUAAGUGCCCUUGUUUGACCAUUAGCAACAUGACGUUUAGAUGUCAAAAUCUCAUUGGUUCCUAGCAUCAACUCAUAGUACCUCCAACCUUAUUGGCCCAUCAUUCCAACAACACACAUCCCAACACACAAAGCCACAAAGAUACAUACGCUCAGACCACUGACAUAUGAGCAAUUUUCCUCUAAAUAGCUUAAAAACUCAAAAUUGUACAAAAAUCCUCAAUUUAACAUUGUAAAAUACUGUGUGCCAUCAUUAGUCUUAUUGCGGUUGUGCUUGCUUACCUAGCUGUUGGUACCGUUUCUAUUUUCCCGCCACAGGAUGAUGGUGACACGGUUGGUAGCGUAUUUCGCGGGUUUUUCAGCAUCGGUCGCAGGCGUGAUCCAGUCAGUAGAUUGCCAACAUCUUCCACGUGUUUUAAUUUGCUUAAACUUUCAAAUUACAGAAAGAAAACCACGCUUAAAGAAAAACUCCGCUAUGCCAUCAACGCUAACGCAGGAUUUGAACUCUCGUGA